GAUAUACCAAAAAUCUUGGAUUAAAUACUAACGCAACUUUAAUGCAGCUUUUCAAAGAAAAAACACAUCGUACACAUAAAAAGAUUCUGCGAGAAGAUGAUAAUUGUUUGUGAUUUUUCCUGAAAUAUGUUGUAGAAAUAAAAAAGAAAUAUUGCAAGAAGAAGAGGAAGAAGAAUACGAUAUUGACUUGAUAUUUCAGAAACACUAUAAAUACAAUAGUGAAUCGAUAUAGUGAAAGAUAAAAAAUAAAUCAAAGAAGGAAAAAGAAGAAGAAAAUAAUAUUAGGAAGAUAUUAGGGGAGUUUUAUGAAAAGGAUAAAGAAAAAUGGGAAAUAGAGAUUGGUGAAUGGUCGAUGAAGGAUCAUCAUGUGCUCAAGCGUAAGAGCUUGGAGGUGGAGGGGAGCUCUCCUGGGCACGAUGAUGCUAGCAUGGACUUGUAUCGUCGAAGGUUGCCCAAGUAUGUGUACAUGUAAGUGGAAGGGUGGGAAGGAGUGGGUGGAGUGUGCGAAUCGGGAUCUAAAGGGACUGCCGCAGGGUGCGAGAGAGGAGACUCAGGUGUUAGAUCUGUCGGACAAUCAGCUGAUCAGUUUGCAACCGGAAUGCUUUUAUGUUCUGGGACUGACCAAUCUUCAACGACUUUAUCUUGGUAGAUCGCACAUCAGUGGUAUUGCCGUUAGAGCGUUCAAGGGUUUGGUAGGGCUGGUUGAGUUGGAUCUGACGGAAAAUCUGAUCGACGAGAUACCAACCGAAAGCUUUUCCUCUUGCCCGAAUCUCAUGAGACUGACGUUGAAUGGUAAUCCUAUAGAAGAGAUCAAAAAAGGUGCCUUUCAACGUCUGGUGCAUCUGACGAAUCUCGAGCUAAGCCAAUGCAGACUGGAGAUCAUCGAAGAAGGUGCCUUCGAUGGUUUGCGUUCCCUCGAAUGGUUACGUCUCGAUGGUAAUCGAUUGACAUAUAUGCCAAAUCAUACUUUACCGCUCGGUGGUAGCCUCAGAGGAUUGACUUUACAUAAUAAUCCUUGGUUGUGCGAUUGCGGUUUAAGAAUUCUUCAAGCUUGGCUUAAGGAAUCAUCACCAGCUGCACCGCAAGAAUCCGAACCGACUUGCGAUAUGCCUGGACGAUUACGAGACAGACAAAUUAAAACUAUUAAGGACAACGAACUCGCUUGCUUACCGCGAAUCGAGUUACAAGAACGCGUUGAUGUUUACGAGGGUAGUAACGUAACGUUCCAAUGUUACGUUCAUGCUGUACCGGCUGCUACGAUCACGUGGUGGUUCAACGGGGAACCGUGCGAGCUUCAAAACGAAAAUGAUUCCUCAACCAUGAACUUUUUGACUUAUCCAAGAUACAUCUACAGGCAACGUGGUUCGACCAAUAUGUCGAGCACGUUAUACGUAUAUUCGGCGGAGGCUAACGACGAUGGGAUUUACAGUUGCGUUGCCGAGAACACAGCUGGUACAACUGGAGCAAACGUCACUCUGAAGGUUUUGUUCCGUGAAAAGGUAACCGCGGAACCUCCCUCGGACGAUCCUGGUUCCGGUUACGUAGCAGUGAUAGCUGCCGGCGCACUCGUAGGAACUCUCUUCGUUCUCGGUUGUCUGGUAUUUAGUAUUGUGUUUUGCAUAAGAAAACGUCGACGCGACCGAAAGAGAAAUUCAAAAGCGUUGGUCUCGCAAAACAAAUCGGUUAUGCCUAUAACGAAAAAUACAACGACGAGUCUACCAAAUUGUAGAAAGGGAAACGGCAGUUUGGUUGGUUUCGAACAUCAGCAAAUCGUUUCUUAUACGGAACGCGAAAUAGGCAGAGCGGCUACUUUGGAGAGAAGAGAACAACGUGGUAAUUUGGAAGAAUCUUACGGUAGUCCGGUAUCGAAAUAUCUAACUGAACCGGAUUUGAUAAACGAAGUUCCUGAAACUACGGACGUGACUUAUGGUCAGUUAUAUCGUCAUCAGACAAACGAAAGGCACGUACUCGAGUACGACUCUGGUUACCCAAUCCAACCACCUGACUUACGUCCAUCUAAUAUACCACAAUUGAGUUAUUUGGACCAGGAUGGAUAUCCAAUGAACUUUGGAUUACCAAAGAUUUCUUAUAACACGGCAAGUACUUUACCACGUUUAAGGACAAGAAUGGUCGAGGGUUCGGCCGUAGCACCACCGGCCAGAUACUCCAGAGAAGCUGAAUUUUUAGCAAGAUCUACGGCAGGUUACGAUCCAGUUUUACCAAGAACCGAUGCCAGAUAUACUGCCGAAGGUUAUCCUUAUCCAGCUCAUCAACCAGUCGAACAACCGAUUCAACAACAACUUCAACAACCAGUCGUGUCACCGGUCGUAUCACCUGCCUCAGUUUUUCCCGAGGUUCCGUUCAUACCGUCACCACCUGCUGCUUACAGAGGCGAAACAACACCAUUGUCACCGAGAUCCUUGCUCGGAAAAACUGCACGCGAAGCAGCUGCAGCUGCUGCUGCAAGGGCUGACGAACUUCAACCACCUCAUCAUCCGGAAAGUCCGGACGAGGGUUACGUUGGCGAUGCUAUGGACGUUUGAAAAUAAUAUAUCAUUAAAUCGUGCUCAAAUGAUAUUAACGAAAGACGGUAAAGAUGGUGGGAUCGAAUUCUUAUUCUUUAACAUUUAAAAUGACCAAAAUAUUUCGUUACUCUGUGCUUCCAUCGUUCUUGUUCUUUUUUUAUAUAUAUAUACCAAAAAGUGAGUACAAGUGUUAAAACGGAAAGAUAAAAGAUUGUUAUUUAAUAAGAAUGGGUUUACAUAACAUAGUCUUGGAUUAUUUGAACUCGCUGAUCGAAAUAUAUAAAAUGAUAACAAGGAAAUUGCGGAUAUCAAAGUGUUCAAUUUAAAAACUGUUUUAUUAUCAGUAUAAAUAUCUUGUAGUGUCAAUUAAUGGGAACAAAUUGAUAUUAUUUUCAAUGACGUGAUUCAAAGUAAUUCAUUAUAAUAAAAGUGUUUUCCAUUUUGAUUUAGAAAUAAUUUAAACUCGUUUAUAGAAUAAUAUUUAACGAGGUACAAUGAAAUUGUGAAUAAUCUAAAGUGUUCAAUUUAUCAAUUAUUCAUAUAUAUCUUAUAGUCUAUUCGUGGGCACAAUUUCGUAUUAUUUCUUUGAACAUUAAACAUCACUCCCAAUCUACCUAUUUCUUUCCCAUCUUUCUAUCUCUCUCUCUUUCUCUCUCAUUCUGAUCUAUCCACCAAUCAUCUAUCGUCUUUCUAUAUCCUUGGAAAUGGGUCGACGACAUAGUCGUUGACAUAGUCGUUCUCUCGACCAUCGAAAUGGGCGUUAAGACGACGUCGAGUCGCAGGAAGCAUAGAGGAACCUUGAACAAAGGAGGAAUCCCACUGUCGGUACCGGUCCUACGAAAUUAAUCAGCUUGGAGAGAGAAUAUCUCGAAUUCUCGGACUACGACUAUGACUACGACUACGACUACGAUGAUGACUAACAUAAGACAACUUAUCUCUCUAUCCGAGAUCAUAAUUCCUUGUCGUAGACACACACGUCGUCUCUUGACGUUCGUUGCAGAAAACCAUCGAUUCGCGAAUAAUAAUAAUAAUAAUGAUCCCUUAAUAACGAUCCCACAUUGGGAAAUGAUCCUUAUUCGUAUGUAUGUAUAUAUAUAUAUAUACUUACUACGAAUAAUUAUCCAUCUAAGACAUUAACGUAUGUCAAAUGAUAACGAUAAAAUUCGCUGUGUGAAAUUAAAUUCUAAUGAAAUUAUAUUAAGAUUUUUUAUUUUAUUUUCAUAUUUGUUAAUUAA